AAAUAUUUAAAAAAAGAAGAAGAAGAAGAAGGAAGUUGUGAGGAAAUUUUGCAGCGCUGCAGCACACCAGGCUUGUUGCCUCCAGAGAUGGAAGAACUGAUGAGAAAUAAGACAAGACACACAAUAGCACUUCAAGACACUGACUGCAUUUCUAGUUCCUUAUUCACAUGGUCAGGACCUGGAGUUCUUCCAAAGGCAUUGCCUAUACAUAAACACGGACAACAUUACUGUUGCAUACAUUAGGAACACCGGGAACAGCAGAGCAACCAGGAUGCUGCUCUGUCAAAUGUAAGCUCUGAUUGGAGAUUGUAGCAAUUCUGGGCUGCCUGUGAAUUUGCAACUAAUACUUCCUAAUAUCCAGAUUCUCAGUUCUGACCACUGGGCCUCAGGCCGAAAACAAUACUGAAGAAAGAAGAAUCAAAGGACAGACCCAUGGAGAGCUCAAACCUCUCAGCAGAUUCAGAAUGCGACUGCACACUGCAGAGAGGUCCUUUCCAACCCCAGGCUGACACCUCUUCAUGGUACUUUGGAAGUAGUGAUGUACCAGAACGUAAGCCUCUCCUGUCACUCAGACUCUGGAUCUCCUCCUAUCAGAUAUACACUAUUUAAACAAAGACAACAGGUAUCUGCUUUAAAUAGGACAGACUUGACUCCAGUUGUGUUUAACUUAACUAUCAAUUCUGCCAGUGAUCUGGGGGAAUACAAGUGCAAAGCUGAGAAUGAAAUCUCCAAUGGUGAAAAAUACAGCAGAAGUCUCAACUUUACACUUAAAGAGCCAGUUUCCAAACCAGUGCUGAGCUCACCCAGUUCCCAAGCAAAGAAAGGCCAAACUGUGACCUUGUCCUGCAUCUCAGAGAAAGGCUCUCUCCCUAUCACAUACACAUUCUUCAAAGGCAGACAGAGGAUCCAGCCCCCGGUGAAGAUGCAGACAAGGGAAGCAGCAGUGAUUUCUGUACUUAUCGAAUCCUCUAGUGACUUUGGAAUCUAUAGUUGCAAAGCUCAAAAUAGCUUUCGCAAUAAUACAAAAUACAGCAACAGUUUCAAUUUGACAUUAGCAGAAGAGAGAAGCAAUUCUCAACCCCUGAUCAUAUCCCUUGUACUGAUCUUACUACUGUUAGCAAUAGGAUUUGCUCUGGCAAUUCCAUUUUUCAUAAUUCCUUCAUAUAAAGCAAAAAAAUUUGCACCUACUACAUCCUCAACUGGCCAUAAUUCAACAGAGAGAGUAGAAGAGUCAGAAGACUAUGUCACAUACGCAGAGAUUGAGCCAAUUCAACCAGGAGAAGAAUAUGUCAACCUCUCUGUUAUUAGAAGAAGAGAUGAACAAGAGAACAGAGCAUGUGCUACAAUCUACUCAAAGGUCCUCAUCAGAGAUGGAGCACAAGCUGGACCACUCCAUUCUCCAGAGUAGAAUCGCUUAUCAAGACCAUGAAGAGAACACUCAUCUCAUCAUACCUGCAAAGAAAAGAUCACACCCAUGACUGCUUUUGAUGUAUGAAAUUUCAGAUACAUUAUGUACCGUAACCUGAGCGAAUUUAUUCCGGCUAUAAUGCACUACGUUCAGCGUCAAAACACUCAUUUUCUUAUGAACAUCCCUUGCUUUCCUGACUACAUUUCUUUAAAUUAUGUUUCUCCUUACUUUGUGUAAAGCUGCUCCAGAGAUGCCUGGGUGGUGUCAAGAUAACCCGGCCAGACAGCAAUUCUAUUUUCAGACAGUUCAUUGAACAAUCCUUGACAAACCUGUGUUUAUUUAAGAAAAAAAAGUAAAAAAGAACAAUUUUGAGAAUCUAGAAACAAAUCAAACUCUAUUACUUGCAAUAUUAGCAUUCCUCGUUGGUAUUAAUGCACUGGCUGAAAUGAUCUCAGAGUGGAAAGCAGUUUGGCAAUUAAAUCUCAAUUUUUAUCUAACAAACACAAGUUUCCUCCCUUCUGUGGAGACAGACUUAAGUAAAAAAAUAAAGAAUCUUAAAAUCUGAAGAUGCAAACCAUGAGUUAAGAUAA